AUGGAUCUCAAACCGGACUCGGAAGAGAUGGUGGACUCUUUCAAGCAACCUCCGGCGAUUGAAGUUUUCGCCAGCAGGUCGACUCUCCAUGGCAUCUCGCACAUGUUCACUUAUGAACGGAUCUGCAUCAAGCAGUGCCUGUGGAUCUUGUUCUUCCUGGGUUCUCUCGGGUUCCUGGUCCUGGUGUGUGUGGACCGGGUCCAGUUCUACUUACAGUACCCCCAUGUCACUAAAUUGGACGAGAUAGCGACACCGCUGAUGAUCUUCCCAGCAGUCACCUUCUGCAACCUCAACACGUUUCGCUUCGGCCAGGUGACACGCAACGAUCUGUACCAUGCCGGAGAGCUCCUUGCUCUACUCAAUGGAAGGUGUGUGUCAUGUCAUUAUGUUUUGUGUGUGUGUGUGUGUGUGUGUGUGUGUGUGGGGGGGGGGGGGGGGGGGGGGGGUGUAUAACACAAUGGAGCCACAACAGUUCCACUUAGCUGUUCAACUUAACCAGUUAGCGCUCAACCAGUUAGCUCUUUAACUUAACCAGUUAGCUGUUCAAUUUAACAUGUUAGCUGUUCUGUUAGCUGUUCAGCUUAACCAGUUAGCUGUUCAACUCAACAAGUUAGCUGUUCUGUUAACUGUUCAGCUUAACCAGUUAGCUGUUCAACUCAACCAGUUAGCGCUUAACCAGUUAGCUGUUCAAUGUUCAACUUAACCAGCCUGGCAGUAUCCUGCUUCUGUACACUACCAGUCAAAAGUUUUAGAACACCUACUCAUUCAAGGGUUUUUCGUUAUUUUUACUAUUUUCUACAUUGUAGAAUAAUAGUGAAGACAUCAAAACUAUUAAAUAACACAUAUGGAUUCAUGUAGUAACCAAAAGAGUGUUAAACAAAUCAAAAUAUAUUUCAUAUUUGAGAUUCUUCAAAUAGCCACCAUUUGCCUUGAUGACAGCUUUGCACACUCUUGGCAUUCUCUCAACCAGCUUCAUGAGGUAGUCACCUGGAAUGCAUUUCAAUUAACAGGAAAAACUUGACCGGUAGUGUACACAAACAACAUGGUGGAGACAUGCAAAACCUUUUAAAGCAUUAUGUAUUUCUAAACCUGAUACAGCUUACCUCACACUUAGGGAACAAGGGUUGAACAUGUGUGAGGGCAUACAGGGUUACAGUAACUCUUUGUGAUAUAAUGAAUAAGCAGGUAGCCUAGCAGUUAAGAGUGUUGGGCCAGUAACCGAAAGGUCGCUGGUUCGAAUCUCCGACCCUACUACGUGAAAUAUCUGUUGAUUUGCCCUAAUUGCUGCUGUAAGUAGCUCUGGAUAAAGAGUGUCUGCUAACAUGUAAACUAUUUAUAAAUGAUUAAUAAAUAAGGAUUAUAUUAUUUGUAAGCAUGACCUCAUGCUGUGGUGAAACCGGUUUGAAAACAUAAAGAGUUACUGCUUUUAAACAGGAAGCACAUUUCUGACCUUUGGCCACUAAUUGGUCUUGACCAAUCAGAUCUUUUUAAACCAUUAGUCUGAAUAGCAACCAUGAAGUUCAUACUCAUUUAUUUUAGUCAUUUAGCAGACGCUCUUAUCCAGAGCGACUUACAUGAGCAAUCAUGGUUAAGUGCCUUGCUUAAGGGCACAUCAACAGAUUUUUCACCUAGUCGGCUCGGGGAUUAGAACCAGCGACCUUUCGGUUACUGGCACAACGCUCUUACCCACUAAGCUACCUGCCGCCCAUUCUAUUCACUUCUGUAUCUGUAUGCCCAGUGAGCACUUUUGCUCAUAGGGUGUGAAUAUCACCACAGGAACUGAAGAAAGCAAUAUACUAUUUAUAAUAUGAGAUCCAAAUCGCUUACCAUACAUAUCUGUUUUUUAAAUUUAAUUUGAUGUGGUAUUUACUUUAGAUUUCACACCUUUCACAUCUUCUAUUUCCAUACCUCCAUCUCUCCUUUCCUUUCCCUCGAUAAACAAUAGACGUGGCAAUCAACAUAAAAAGCUGAUUUACUUUCACAGAGCCUCAUUUGACUGAUUGUCAUCUCUGUCUGUAUUCAGGGAAAGCAGUCAUGUUAGACUGUAGGAGUUAGGGGGAGAAACCACCAGGACAUUCAGGUCUAACAUAUCCCUUUACAUAUUGAUUUAAGUAUUUUGGAUGUACCUCAAGUGUCUUUAGAAUGAUGUUUAGUCAUUACUUUAGAGAACUAAUGUUGCUUUUACGUCUGUGAUUUUUGUAUGAUUUUUAUUAGGAUCCCCAUUAGCUGACGGCAAUGGCGACAGCUAGUCUUCCUGGGGUCCAACACAUAACGAAAAAUACAUUACAGACAAAAGACUUACAACACACCGUUUCAGAACUGUAUGGGAUUCUAUAGGAUGUACUGAACAAGAUGUUUUGGACUCUCUCCUUGACAUUGAAUCAGUUGUUUGUCGUCAGAUUGUGCUUUGUGCGUAUAUCCAUUCUUUCUCUACACACGUGCGCGCACACACACACACACACACACACACACACACACACACACACACACUAUGCCAUUAUUAAACAGCUACCAAAGGCCUUUGCUGCACAUUACUUCAUGUGUAGUUUUAGCAUAUUGAUCACCACUGCUCUUUUGCCUAAGGCCAUGUAAGUACACUACUUCUGUGGUAGCAGACUACAUGUAAGAACAAUACUUCUGUGGUAGCAGGCUACAUGUAAGAACAAUACUUCUGUGGUAGCAGGCUACAUGUAAGUACACUACUUCUGUGGUAGCAGGCUACAUGUAAGAACAAUACUUCUGUGGUAGCAGGCUACAUGUAAGAACACUACUUCUGUGGUAGCAGGCUACAUGUAAGAACAAUACUUAUGUGGUAGCAGGCUACAUGUAAGAACAAUACUUAUGUGGUAGCAGGCUACAUGUAAGAACACUACUUCUGUACAGUGAGGGAAAAAAGUAUUUGAUCCCCUGCUGAUUUUGUACGUUUGCCCACUGACAAAGAGAUGAUCAGUCUAUAAUUUUAAUGGUAGGUUUAUUUGAACAGUGAGAGACAGAAUAACAACAACAAAAUCCAGAAAAAUGCAUGUCAAAAAUGUUAUAAAUUGAUUUGCAUUUUAAUGAGGGAAAUACGCAUUUGACCCCUCUGCAAAACAUUACUUAGUACUUGGUGGCAAAACCCUUGUUGGCAAUCACAGAGGUCAGACGUUUCUUGUAGUUGGCCACCAGGUUUGCACACAUCUCAGGAGGGAUUUUGUCCCACUCCUCUUUGCAGAUCUUCUCCAAGUCAUUAAGGUUUCGAGCCUGACGUUUGGCAACUCGAACCUUCAGCUCCCUCCACAGAUUUUCUAUGGGAUUAAGGUCUGGAGACUGGCUAGGCCACUCCAGGACCUUAAUGUGCUUCUUCUUGAGCCACUCGUUUGUUGCCUAGGCCGUGUGUUUUGGGUCAUUGUCAUGCUGGAAUAUCCAUCCACGACCCAUUUUCAAUGCCCUGGCUGAGGGAAGGAGGUUCUCACCCAAGAUUUGACGGUACAUGGCCCCGUCCAUCGUCCCUUUGAUGCGGUGAAGUUGUCCUGUCCCCUUAGCAGAAAAACACCCCCCAAAGCAUAAUGUUUCCACCUCCAUGUUUGACGGUGGGGAUGGUGUUCUUGGGGUCAUAGGCAGUAUUCCUCCUCCUCCAAACACGGCGAGUUGAGUUGAUGCCAAAGAGCUCCAUUUUUGUCUCAUCUGACCACAACACUUUCACCUAGUUCUCCUCUGAAUCAUUCAGAUGUUCAUUGGCAAACUUCAGACGGGCCUGUAUAUGUGCUUUCUUGAGCAGGGGGACCUUGCGGGUGCUGCAGGAUUUCAGUCCUUCACGGCGUAAUGUGUUACCAAUUGUUUUCUUGGUGACUAUGGUCCCAGCUGCCUUGAGAUCAUUGACAAGAUCCUCCCGUGUAGUUCUGGGCUGAUUCCUCACCGUUCUCGUGAUCAUUGCAACUCCACGAGGUGAGAUCUUGCAUGGAUCCCCAGGUCGAGGGAGAUUGAUAGUUCUUUUGUGUUUCUUCCAUUUGCGAAUAAUCGCACCAACUGUUGUCACCUUCUCACCAAGCUGCUUGGCCAUGGUCUUGUAGCCCAUUCCAGCCUUGUGUAGGUCUACAAUCUUGUCCCUGACAUCCUUGGAGAGCUCUUUGGUCUUGGCCAUGGUGGAGAGUUUGGAAUCUGAUUGAUUGAUUGCUUCUGUGGACAGGUGUCUUUUAUACAGGUAACAAACUGAGAUUAGGAGCACUCCCUUUAAGAGUGUGCUCCUAAUCUCAGCUCGUUACCUGUAUAAAAUAGACCUGGGAGCCAGAAAUCUUUCUGCUUGAGGGGGUCAAAUACUUAUUUCCCUCAUUAAAAUGCAAAUCAAUUUAUAACAUUUUUGACAGGCGUUUUUCUGGAUUUUUUUGUUGUUAUUCUGUCUCUCACUGUUCAAAUAAACCUACCAUUAAAAUUAUAGACUGAUCAUGUCAUUGUCAGUGGGCAAACGUACAAAAUCAGCAGGGGAUCAAAUACUUUUUUCCCUCACUGUAAGAACACUACUUCUGUGGUAGCAGGUUACAUGUAAGAAUGUCACACAUACAAUCUCCAUCUCCAUACAGAACUCUUUCUCUCUCAUUCUCUCUUUCUCUAUGUCUCUCUCAAUUCAAUUUCAAUUUCAAUUUAAGGGCUUUAUUGGCAUGGGAAACGUAUGUUAACAUUGCCAAAGCAAGUGAAGUAGAUAGUAAACAAAAGUGAAAUAAACAAUAAAUAUUAACAGUAAACAUUACACUCAGAAGUUCCAAAAGAAUAAAGACAUUUCAAAUGUCAUAAUAUGUAUCUUCUCAUCUCUAGAUAGAGGGAGCGCGCGCGAGCGGAUCGGAGAGGCGAGGGAGCGGCGGAGGCGAGACGGGGCAGACGAGCGCGAGAAUCGCUAGAAGCGAGAGCGCGCGUCAGUGCGCGAUAGAGCAGGAGAGCUACGAUGGUACUUAGCUGCGUCUAUAUAUCUAUGUAUGGCUCUGCUAUGUAUGCCUCUCUCGUCUCUCUCUCUCUCUCUCUCUCUCUCUCUCUCUCUUCUCUCUCCUUCUCUCUCUCUCUUGACCUUGAUGUUCACAUUACUACUAACCUUGGGGAAAUGUUGAAUGCAUUGUAUUUAAUCGCUCGAAGGUGUUUGCAGGAAUAUGUACAUCUCAGCUAACACAAUCCUUCUAGCGAGGCCUAAGGAAGGAAGGAAACCUCUAGGAUUCUGAAAACUCCUCUCCUGUAUAGUACGAUAAGCUGGGAUGGCAAAGAGGCUUUAGUUUAACUCCAUAGUGCCAGAAAAACGUUACCUGGUCCAUGGGCUUUACAGAGCUGACCAGUCUCGGCAGUCAGUCCAUUACAUGCUCAUAAAGAGGUGUUGUUAUUGCAAAAAUAUGAAAACAAAGUCAUGCAGUAUGAAAUGAAAAAGGUAAAGCUGAGCAGAGCAGCAAUGGUGUCCUCUAAAUUAGCCUGAGAUAGAGAGAGAAGGGAGACAGAAGGAGAGAGAGAGAGAGAGAGAAAUAUGAGUGUAGAGAGAGUGGAGCCGACUCAGAGAGAAUGAAAGAGGGAGCAAGAGGAGAGAGAGAGCGAGGGAUGACAAGCAGAAGCAAUUAACCAGUGUCUGGUAAGCUGUGUGAUAAACAAGCCUUUAUCCCAGUGUAAUUAGUGGUGUUUGUGAAACCACAGUGGUUGCGUCCCAAAUGGCACCCUAUUCCCUAUCUAGUCCCAAAUGGCACCCUAUUCCCUAUAUAGUCCCAAAUGGCACCCUAUUCCCUAUGUAGUUCACUACAUUUGACCAGGGCCCAGGAACUUGCAUUUGGGAUGCAAGUUGAAGUUGUAUUCUUAGUCGUAUGUACAGGAUAAGCAUGAUAGACACCUUCCAACGAAAUGCUUACUUGCAUGUUCCUUUUCGGCAAUGCAACAACAAUAAUAAAUAAUAAAAUGCACCCAAAAUGCACCGUGUUGUGGUUACCUUGCGCUCUCUGAAUAAAUCUAAUUCAACCGCUGAAAACCCUCCCACUUUCUGGCCAACUGAUUUUCUCGUGUAGUUUUCAUUCAAUAGGGUUUUCAGUACAUUUAUUUUAAGCCAUCCCUUUAAAUAGAAUAUAUAGAGAGAACGGGUUCAGAAUAUAUGGAUCAAUGAAACAAUGCCAUCUAUGCAUCUUCAUCUUCGUUUCACCACCAACUGGAAGAUUACAAAAUUCUCUGAUCUUGUAGAUUAUUUAGGCAAAUGUUAGGGUUAGGAAAGUAUGUAUGAAUCAUAAAAAAACAGGUUUGGAGAGCCUUUACGCCCAAAAUAUAUUGAUGAAUACAAAAUACAGUCGUUUGAUUCAUCCUGAAAGUUGUCAUAUUCAAGUUCAAUUCAUGGAAUAUUGGAAGGUGGAAAAAAGUGUACAAUAGCGGUUAAACAAUAGUCCUAUACAUCUACCCUAAUCCUCACUAAUCAUGGAACUGUAUGACAACGGUCCAGUCGUCGUGAACCGUGCGCCAGGCUCCAGGUUUAACCUGCUACGUGUGGUCUGAGUUCCAUAAUGAUUCAAAUAGGCUAUAUGUCGCACAUUAUUGCACAUCGUUCGCCUAAUAUGAUCCACUAAUGCUAGCGACCCUCAGGAACAACUUGGACGUGACAGAGGAAAUAAAGUUAAACGGAAUGGAAUGAAGCAAAAUGGAUGCUACAAAUGGAAGAAAACUAACACUAAAGUGACAGUUAUAAAUGUAUGUGGGUACUACUGACCGUGGCUCCCCAUAGUGGCUAAUAUUUAACAUGAUAUAAACAUUGUUAAAUAAAAUGGAGAAAAGCCCGGACAUAGGAUAUAAUUAAAUUAUAUCCGCAAUACAUGUCAUGUUGAUAUGAUUUUCAGUUUGCUUCCAUAUGGCUGGUUUCAAAUUAGUCUCCAGGGAUCAUAAGAAAAAAUAAAUCUUAAACAAUUGCUAUGUGUAUUUACAAUCUCUUUUUCCAAACGGAUUACUCAUUUACCUAGCUCUUAUCAAUAGCUCUUAUCAAAUUAUAAAUUACAGUGCAUGGCGAAUGCUGUUAUUUCUAUUGGGGAAAAUAAAGAGAUGCUUUUUCGACAUGGGACCGGCAGGUUCGCUCGACCAUAAUCAUGGUUUCCUCUCGCGUAAAGGUGUUGUAAUUAUGAGGGAAUGAAGUCAAGGUCAGAAUACGGCUUAUCUGUAGACCGUACGGCGCUAACUACAGAGUGUAGUACGUACGGCCCAGUACAUCACUUGGGGCCGAGCUCCCUGCCAUCGGAAUAGGAUUUUAUUGCACUGACAAGACAUGACUCAGGCCUGGACUCUACACAGACCGGUGCGCCAUAACCAAUCAGAGCUGCAGUAGGCCUAUAUGCAAAUAGCAAUUUCCAUACAGUGGGGAAAAUAAGUAUUUAGUCAGCCACCAAUUGUGCAAGUUCUCCCACUUAAAAAGAUGAGAGAGGCCUGUAAUUUUCAUCAUAGGUACACGUCAACUAUGACAGACAAAAUGAGAAAAAAAAAUCCAGAAAAUCACAUUGUAGGAUUUUUAAUGAAUUUAUUAGCAAAUUAUGGUGGAAAAUAAGUAUUUGGUCAAUAACAAAAGUUUCUCAAUACUUUGUUAUAUACCCUUUGUUGGCAAUGACACAGGUCAAACGUUUUCUGUAAAUCUUCACAAGGUUUUCACACACUGUUGCUGGUAUUUUGGCCCAUUCCUCCAUGCAGAACUCCUCUAGAGCAGUGAUGUUUUGGGGCUGUCGCUGGAGAACACAGACUUUCAACUCCCUCCAAAGAUUUUCUAUGGGGUUGAGAUCUGGAGACUGGCUAGGCCACUCCAGGACCUUGAAAUGCUUCUUACGAAGCCACUCCUUCGUUGCCCGGGCGGUGUGUUUGGGAUCAUUGUCAUGCUGAAAGACCCAGCCACGUUUCAUCUUCAAUGCCCUUACUGAUGGAAGGAGGUUUUCACUCAAAAUCUCACAAUACAUGGCCCCAUUCAUUCUUUCCUUUACACAGAUCAGUCGUCCUGGUCCCUUUGCAGAAAAACAGCCCCAAAGCAUAAUGUUUCCACCCCCAUGCUUCACAGUAGGUAUGGUGUUCUUUGGAUGCAACUCAGCAUUCUUUGUCCUCCAAACACGACGAGUUGAGUUUUUACCAAAAGUUAUAUUUUGGUUUUCAUCUGACCAUAUGACAUUCUCCCAAUCCUCUUCUGGAUUAUCCAAAUGCACUCUAGCAAACUUCAGAUGGGCCUGGACAUGUACUGGCUUAAGCAGGGGGACACGUCUGGCACUGCAGGAUUUGAAUCCCUGGCGGCGUAGUGUGUUACUGAUGGUAGGCUUUGUUACUUUGGUCCCAGCUCUCUGCAGGUCAUUCACUAGGUCCCCCCGUGUGGUUCUGGGAUUUUUGUCUUGUGAUAAUUUUGACCCCACAGGGUGAGAUCUUGCGUGGAGCCCCAGAUCGAGGGAGAUUAUCAGUGGUCUUGUAUGUCUUCCAUUUCCUAAUAAUUGCUCCCACAGUUGAUUUCUUCAAACCAAGCUGCUUACCUAUUGCAGAUUCAGUCUUCCCAGCCUGGUGCAGGUCUACAAUUUUGUUUCUGGUGUCCUUUGACAGCUCUUUGGUCUUGGCCAUAGUGGAGUUUGGAGUGUGACUGUUUGAGGUUGUGGACAGGUGUCUUUUAUACUGAUAACAAGUUCAAACAGGUGCCAUUAAUACAGGUAAAGAGUGGAGGACAGAGGAGCCUCUUAAAGAAGAAGUUACAGGUCUGUGAGAGCCAGAAAUCUUGCUUGUUUGUAGGUGACCAAAUACUUAUUUUCCACCAUAAUUUGCAAAUAAAUUCAUUAAAAAUCCUACAAUGUGAUUUUCUGGAGAAAAAAAAUCUCAAUUUGUCUAUCAUAGUUGACGUGUACCUAUGAUGAAAAUUACAGGCCUCUCUCAUCUUUUUAAGUGGGAGAACUUGCACAAUUGGUGGCUGACUAAAUACUUUUCCCCCCAACUGUACAUGGAUUUGUGCCAUUCACUUAGAACUGGACUUUUACAGCAUGAGCGGUCACGAUUAUUAUGCACUUGUUUUGAGAUCAAAGCGAGAGCUGCGUGUAGCCACGUGUGCACAUUUGUUCAUAUUCUUUGCUAGUUAGUGAGUUAUUAGCCCAGUUAUAGCUAAUUUGUAGUAGGUAGGACACCAGAGUGGUGGUAGGCAUGAAGGCGAACUUGGACGAGAACAGAACACCUCUCGUCCCUUUGACGCCAGUAGUGCAGGUGGGAGCACAGGCUUGUUCUUUCGAACCGUGCCAACCAUGGUGAUGUUCCUCUGGAGGAGCUGCUGACCGAGUUCAUAAGAGGUGAAGAAAUUGUCACAUGUGACAUUGCGCCCCCCCCCCCCAAGUCCCUCGGUCACGUCAAACACGACCCGCAGCCCCUGCUUCUUCUCUGGGCCUCCGCCGGUGGGCUUGCUGGUGUAGACUUGCAUCUUCCAGGCGUAGCUGGAUUUCGCGUCGCAGUCCACCCAUGACUUGAUCCCGUAUUUGGCCGGCUUGCUUGGCAUAUACUGCCGGAAAGGACAAUGGCCUUUGGGAUGGGGGGGGGGGACGGGAAAGAAGAGAUUGUUAGCAAUCUUCGUCGCCAAGUGCUACUAUUAUUACUACGAGUGUUGGUGUGUCACAGAACACAGGCACAGAGGUUACGGUCAUCAGAGGUGGUCGUCAGAGGUGGUGGUCAGAGGUGGUGGUCAGAGGUGGUCGUCAGUGGUGGUGGUCAGAGGUGGUGGUCAGUGGUGGUGGUCAGAGGUGGUGGUCAGAGGUGUGUGUGUAAAAGAAACACACAGAAUAAUUUUAUUACGUACACUACCUCUAAAUGAAACCAGUUGCUCGUCCACUGUCACCUCAGGCCCUGGGUUGUAGAGACGCGGCAGCCGCUCCACCCACUUGUCCCACACCUCUCUUAUGGCUGCCAAUUUGUCAGUCGCGUGUCUCGCGGGUCGAACCGUAGCAGUCUCGAGUACGUGUGAAACACUUUGAGUGGCAUGGUGGCACGGAAUAUCACCCUUCCGCUCUCUGCGUCCCACAGACUGGCCGCCGCCUCGCCGCGGGACCUGUACACGCCGGCUAAGAUCAGCAGCCCUAUGUAGGUCGGUCUCGUCCAUCCCUUUCCAGUCGUCUCCGUAUUUUCGAACACCCUCCAGAUUUGUCAUGUCCACCACGAUCUCUUCUAUUGCUUGUGUGAUGAACAGGUGGAACGCUCGACGGCGUGUCACGGGCCUGGCCAACCGCAUACGGCGUAGGUCCGCCGGGGAUCGGGGUCGUCGUCGCCGCCUCAUUCUCUGUCAUCCUGCCCGCUCUCUCGUAUGCCACUGAGGACCAUUUGAUUUGGCUGUUUUUUUGUCAUGAACAUCUCUCCUUCGCCCUCGCACGUUUCCUCCUCUCGCUCUUCCUCUGAACACGAGGACGACGCGGCGAGUUGAAUUCCUCGUCGUCUUCCUCUUCUGACACGUCCUCAGCAUCCUCAGCUUCAUCCUCCUCUUCUUCUUCUUCGUCUUCUUCUUCUUGCUCCAGGUUUGAUGAACAUAUCUGCUCUAGGACCUGUCCGGCGGUGAACAAACGGCCACUCAUCGCUUCGGCCGGCGCCUUGGCUCUGCUGCGUCGACGCAGCCUGUCUUCUUUGGGGAGCCCAAAGCCUCCUUACAUGGUCAGGAGUGUCGACCAACCACGGUCUGUCACUAAUAAUAAUUUUGACCCAAGGACAACGGGACGGUUAUUAUGAAAAAUAUCACUUUUCACCAGGGUGAUGCCACCCAGAGUAGGGAAGCAUAGAAGAGGGUAUUGGAGCCUGAUGGUAUUGGAGCAUUGGAGCCUGAUGGUAUUGGAGCCUGAUGGUAUUGGAGCCUGAUGGUAUUGGAGCCUGACGGUAUUGGAGCCUGACGGUAUUGGAGCCUGAUGGUAUUGGAGCCUGACGGUAUUGGAGCCUGACGGUAUUGGAGCCUGACGGUAUUGGAGCCUGACGGUAUUGGAGCCUGAUGGUAUUGGAGCCUGACGGUAUUGGAGCCUGAUGGUAUUAGAGCCUGACGGUAUUGGAGGCAGGGUGCUCAAAAACUGUGCUAGACAACUCAGUGGCAUAUUUUCCUUGAUCGUCCAGCUGUCACUGCAACAGCAAAGGGUCCUUGUAGUCUGGAAGGAGUCGGUCCCUGUAGUCUGGAAGGAGUCGGUCCCUGUAGUCUGGAAGGAGUCGGUCCCUGUAGUCUGGAAGGAGUCGGUCCCUGUAGUCUGGAAGGAGUCGGUCCCUAUAGUCUGGAAGGAGUCGGUCCCUAUAGUCUGGAAGGAUUCGGUCCCUGUAGUCUGGAAGGAGUCGGUCCCUGUAAUAAUAAUAAUAAUAUGCCAUUUAGCAGACGCUUUUAUCCAAAGCGACUUACAGUCAUGUGCGCAUACAUUUUUACGUAUGGGUGGUCACGGGGAUCGAACCCACUACCCUGGCGUUACAAGCACCAUGCUCUACCAAUUGAGCUACAGAGGACUGGAAGGAGUCAUUGGCAGUACCAGUUGCCAAGGUCAAAUCCCCCCAAAUCUGAAAUGAUUACAGACCUGUAGCCUUUACCUCACUGACCAUGAAAGCCUUUGAACAUAUUGUUAAGGGUGAGAAUAUGGCCAAAGUCCAGGACUGGUAAGACCCAUUGCAGUUUGCUUAUAGGGUUAGGAGAGUGGUGGAAGAAGCUACUAUCACUGUUCUUAACUCUCUCCUGAAACAUCAAUCAAACAGGAAAAAUCGUCAGUACAGAGACAAAGUGGAGUCGCAAUUAACGGCUCAGACAUGAGGCGUAUGUGGCAGGGUCUACAGACAAUAACAGAUUACAAAGGGAAAACCAGCCACGUCACGGACACCAACGUCUUGCUCCCAGACAAGCUAAACACCUUUGCCUGCUUUGAGGAUAACACAGUGCCAUCGACGCGGCCCGCUCCCAAGGACUGUGGGCUCUUGUUCUCCGUGGCCGACGUGAGUAAGACAUUUAAGCGUGUUAACCCUCACAAGGCUGCCGGCCCAAACGGCAUCCCUAGCCGCGUCCUCAGAACAUACGCAGACCAGCUGGCUGGAGUGUUUACAGAUAUAUUCAAUCUCUCCCUAUCCCAGUCUGCUGUCCCCACUUGCUUCAAGAUGUCCACCAUUGUUCCUGUACCCAAGAAAGGAAAGGUAACUGAACUAAAUGACUAUUGCCCCGUAGCACUCACUUCUGUCAUCAUGAAGUGCUUUGAGAGGCUAGUUAAGGAUCAUAUCACCUCUACAAUUGAGAGCAUCCUGUCGGGCUGUAUCACCGCCUGGUACGGCAACUGCACCGCCCGCAACCGCAGGGCUCUCCAGAGAGUGGUGCGGUCUGCCCAACGCAUCACCGGGGGCACACUGCCUGCCCUCCAGUACACCUACAGCACCUGGUGUCACAGGAAGGCCAAAAAGAUAAUCAAGGACAUCAACCACCCGAGCCACGGCCUGUUCACCCCGCUAUCAUCCAGAAGGCGAGGUCAGUACAAGUGCAUCAAAGUUGGGACCGAGAGACUGAAAAACAGCUUCUAUCUCAAGGCCAUCAGACUGUUCAAUAGCCAUCACUAGCCGGCUACUACCCGGCUACUCAACCCUGCACCUUAGAGGCUGCUGCCCUAUGUACAUAGACAUGGAAUCACUGGUCACUUUAAUAAUGGAACACUAGUCACUUUAAUAAUGUUUACAUACUGCUUUACUCAUUUCAUAUGUAUAUACUGCAUUCUAUUCUACUGUAUUUGAGUCAAUGCCACUCCGACAUUGCUCGUCCUAAUAUUUAUAUAUUUAUAUAUUUCUUAAUUCCAUUAUUUUACUUUUAGAUUUGUGUGUAUUGUUGUGAAUUGUUAGAUAUUACCGCCGCUGUUGGAGCUGGGAACACAAGCAUUUCGCUAAACCCGCGAUAACAUCUGCUAAACAAGUGUACCAAUAACAUUUGAUUUGAUUUGAGGGACGUAAGACCCGUGCCAGACUACUGUUUGUUGUCACCAAGAGGCUGCGUCCUUUCCCCUCUGUUGUACUGUGAUUAAUAACGACUCUAGACAUGUUAUUACGUUUGCAGACCACUCGGUUAUCGUUAGUCUUUUACAGGAUGAGGAGGUGAGCCAUGGGCCAGUGGUGAAGGAAUUUGUAGGAUGGUGUGACCGCUCCUACUUAGAACUUAAUGUCAAGAAAACCAAGGAUAGGGCUAUUGAUUUCCGGAGGAGCUCACUGUCACCGAUACAGACUGAUAGAUGGUGAGCCAGUGGAGACUGUUGACCGAUACAGAUAUCUUGGCACUUUUCCUUGACAGCCAAUGUUAUCUGUGCAAAGGGAAUGCUAUUUGUGCAAAGGGAAAUCAGCGCUUGUUCUUCCUGAGGGAACUCCGCAGUUUCUGGGUGAAUAAGACGCUGAUGACCAUAUUUUACAGAUCGUUCAUUGAAUCCAUUGUAGCAUUCAAUAUGAUCUGCUGUUUUGGCAAUCUUAAACUUAAAGAGUAAGAACAGGCUUUUUAACAUUGUUAAACUAAGUAGCAGGGAUCAUUGGUUGGAACUGAACUGGCCUUUCUGACCUGUAUCAGCCAUCCAUUCUGAGGGACUCCCAGCAUUCCUUAUUUGAUUAAUUUACGUUGCUUCCCUCAGAGAUCAGAUACAGGCUAAACUCCCAUUCAUGCCAGCUGCUAUCAGCUUUCUCAAUAAGAUGUAGUAGUACUGUUAGUUGUGUACAUAUUGCUGUGUAUUGUUCUUCUGUAUAUUUAUUGUAAUGUGUUCGAUAUGUUUUUACUACCUGCUGCAAAAUAAUUUGCCCCCCCCCCGGGGAUAAUAAAGACUGUACUCUACUAGCAUGUUGUGAUGAGGUGGUGUUGAAGGAGUCAGGCGCAGGAGGGUCAAUCACAGAAACAGGCUUUAAUCCGAAAAAUACAGGUUACGCAGAAAUGCGUCAAACACACUCCAGGGCACAAAACAGGUGCACUGGAAAAUACAAGACACAAGGGUAAAAUACUCCCGUCGAUACAAAAUACAAGAGCUCCACCGAGCUUCACUAACCUCCACAACAAACAAUCACCCACAAGGACAAGGGGACAAGGGGACACUUAUACACAGACUAAUUAGGGGAAUAGAACCAGGUGUGUGUGAUGGACAAGACAAUUGUGAUGAUGAUUGGGGCGGCAGUGGUUAGUACUCCGGUGACGACGAACGCCGAAGCCUGCCCGAACAAGGAGGGGAAGUCGUGACACGUGUAAUCAGUGUUUUCAUUUGCGUGUGUGUGUAAAGACGUGUUAACACGUUGACUGUGUCUCUCCAAGUACUUGUCCGUCAAAUACCCAGUCAGCUAACAGCAGGGGUUCUCUCCUCCUCCUCCUCCUCCUCCUCCUCCUCCUCCUCCUCUCCUCCAGAGAAGGCUAGAUGCUUGUCGAAGCUGCUGAGGCAACAUGGAGAUGAGCUACAGUAAUGUCUCUCAGAAGAAGACUUUGUCCUCUGUCUAAGCACUUUGGGCUGGUUUCCUGGACACAGAUUAACCCUAGUCCUGUACCUACAGUAAAAGCAUACUCAAUGCAGAUUAUCCAUUAAAAGUGCUUUUUGGUCUAGGAAUUGGCCUUAUCAUGGUCUGGGAAACUGUCCUUGUCACGCCCUGACUCAGGGGACUCUUGUAUGUUGAGUCAGGGUGUGGAUAUUCUAUGUUUUAUUUUCUAUGUUUGUGAUCUAGGUUUUGUAUUUCUAUGUUUGGCCGGGUGUGUUUCCCAAUCAGAGACAGCUGUCGCUCGUUGUCUCUGAUUGGGGAUCAUACUUAGGCAGCCUAUUGGCAAUUAUGGGUUGUGGGAUCUUGUUCCGUGUUUAGGCUAGUUUUUGUGUUCAGCCUUUGGACUUCACGUUUGGUUUGGUUUGUUGUUUUGUCGUGUGUUUAUCGUUGAAAUAAACAUGUAUGCAUAUCACGCUGCGCCUUGGUCUGACCCGUCCUUAAACGAACGUGACAAUCCUUUUUAUUGUUUCGCGAAGCAGCGAUAAAGUGUUCUACUUUAAAAGAGGGUUUUGAGUCUGAAGUCAAGCUUUACAGUGCAGAACAAUUGGGAUCAAUCAAGUUGAUCGGCAGAUGUUAGAGGAUAAUUUAAUGGUUCAAUAAUUGGAGCUGGCAUGUGCUGCUAUAGUCAUCGACUAACUAGAAUUAUCCAAGUAUGGAAGUCAGCAAAGCAGCGAAGCCAUUCUUUCUAGGGCUGUCCCCGACAAAAAAAAAUCUUGCCCGACCGAAAGUCAUCUGUUAAUUUGACCAAUUAUCUGUUCUUUCGUCCAAUCGAUUGGUUGAUUUUUUUAAACGUGUAUUUUUCCAUGUAUAGACACACCCUAUGUGUUUUAAUCAAAUCAACUAUAUGCAUUGAGCUUGUCUGACGCUUUAAGCGCACUGUUUGAUGAAAUAAGACACAAAUGCCUCGAGGGAGCCAGAGAUGUAGAUAACCAGAAGAAAAGAACCUGACCCAACCAUUCUCCUCCCUCUCCAGGUGGCUUUCGCAGAUUCUGCCGUUACUCUCCUGAAGUUGCCUGUAAUAGUCUACAAGAAGAGUCUGCAACCUUUCUAAUGUGGAAUGACAAAUUAUCUGACCAUUUCUACGGAUCUGAUUGCCAGUUAUGGUUUUCAUAUGCACAUUUUCGUGGAAGAGUUUCAUUUAAUUUAUAAUAACGUCUUGUCAUGUGAUUAAUCAAAAUUCUAUCCAAAUCUAAAUGAAAUGAUGCAAACCUAAAAAAGUAACUUCUAUUGCCAUUGCCAACAAUGUAAACAAUACAGCCUUCAGGUAGAAAAUAUCCUGAUAAAAAAUAAAUAUCCUAUAAAUCACGUUGGCUAUGCAUGGCCUGUCUGCAAUGAACCUGAAACAUUGUAUCAACUAUCAACUUGGGUCAGGCCUGAAGCUUGAGCUAGCAAACUUGCAACAUUGCAUAAAAUAUUCUGGGCCCUCAGAGUUUCCCCGUCAGUGAGCUCGGGACAGACAGCUGUAGGCUAUUUGCGCAAGGGAUAAGAAGCAGUGCUUGACUUGGGCAGGAGCUCACCGGACCUGAGUACCGGCACCUCACAUGUUCUACCGCUUGAGCUCCUGCACCUCUUAUAGAAUAUUAGCUCAAAAGUAUUGUGGAGCUCCUACACCUAAAUAUAAACAGUACCGGCACCCAAAAUGAGUACCGGGCCCUAUUUCAGUCCAAGUCAAGCACUGGUAGGCCUAUUUUAUGACGUUUCCACCGGAUCAGAGCAGGACAUUUUUACCUUUCAUGCUGAGUGGUUAUCGAAAGGUAGAGAGCUGGAAAGCUUUUUCAAAUACAUUGAGGAACUAUUGUAAAUCUCAAUAGAUGUAAAAACAGACUUCGUUCGCUUGCUGUUUUGAGGUGAAGAAAACAUUACUUUUGAGAAGCUCCACAGCUCAUUAGUGGUGGUGCGUUAAGCCAAUCAGAAAUACUAUCAGAUCCCCAAAUGGGCACAUUUAUAUACCUACAUUUGCACGCAGGCCAGGCAGCCUAUAGGCCAUGCGUUGGUGUCCUUACUCAACAUUGACAGGAGCGCUCCAAACAAAAGACAAUGACUAAAUUGGCAAAACUCGUAAAUGGAAGGAAAUAAACCUAAAUGUGUUAUUCACAAGUGUAGCGUAGGUUGUGCGCUCUGCAAACAACGUGUCCCACUCCGACAAUGACAACAGGAAGACUGGAAUAAUAAUAUUGAAUGCAUUAACAGAAAUUACCGUAACCAAAGUAACAAACACUGUAGAAUAGAAAUGAUAGGAAUUAACGGUAACUGUACUGCUGGUGAUGCAUGUAAUGGGGAAUUGAUAGACACUAACAAUCGAACGCAAACAAUUCACACAAUGAAGUUAUAAAACAAUGAAUGCACAAAUUGGCGGGAGAGAGUGCAUUCUGGGCGCUGGUCAAUCCGAGGUCUGCAUUGGCCAUGCAGCAUUUACAGUGAAAUGGCCUCAGCAGAAAUCAGGGCAUUCAUACUUCUUGCGCUUCACCGAGCAGUGCAGAGCUGUUGUAAAGGAAGUGAGUUUCUGUUUAUACAGGAUGUACCGCCCCCACCUACCGUCAACCAAUCAUGUCAAUGCAGAGCUAUACAGAGCCCUCCGAGUUGUUACAAAAUUUGGGAGGUGCAUGGCGAUGCGGUAAUGAGCUCGAUUUGGCCUCUGCAUGCCUCUGUUGGUCAACUGAGAUUUGUAUAUAUAUAUGUACAGUGAGGGGAAAAAAGUAUUUGAUCCCCUGCUGAUUUUGUACGUUUUACCACUGACAAAUAAAUGAUUUAUUUGAACAGUGAGAGACAGAAUAACAACAACAAAAUCCAGAAAAAUGCAUGUCAAAAAUGUUAUAAAUUGAUUAUAACAUUUGGAUAUGGAGGACAGAUAUGGAUAAUUGAUAUUUUACAUUCAUUUUAGUCAUUUAGCAGACACUCUUAUCCAGAGCGACUUACAGGAGCAAUUAGGGUUAAGUGCCUUGCUUAAGGGCACAUCGACAGAUUUGUCACCUAGUCGGCUCAGGGAUUAGAACCAGCAACCUUUCGAUUACUGGCACAACGCUCUUACCCCCUAAGCUACCUGCCGCCCAGGAUAGAUAUGAUAUGGAUAGAGAGGAUUGAUAUGGAUAGAGAGGAUUGAUAUGGAUAGAGAGGACUGAUAUGGAUAGGGAUAAUUGAGUCACGGUAAUUAGGCUUCUCCAAGACUGCACUAUGAUGGCCACUAAUGGUCAUUAGCAGCCUACCAAACGGCCAGUCGCUAAUGGCCUGGUACUCAGUGCUCCAUUGUCCCUCAAAUUUUUCUGACAUCAAUGCAAAUGCAAUCGAAAAUCUAAUCACACACUUCAUGAGAGCCCUGGCAUUCAGAGUUUGAGCGGAAAAGGAUCACCUGUUGUGCAGUGAGUCAGCUCCUCAUAGCUGGUUGGUGCAUGGAGUUAAAUAAGUGUUCCUAUAAACUCAAGUAACAUUUCUAUAGGCUAUGCUAUGUAAUUGCUUGAGAAAACAGAGGUUUGUUGGCCUCUAUUAAAAAUAGGAGGAUCCAAUCAUAUUUCUAUAGGCUGGGCCUACUAUAUUUAUCUGUAAACUUUCCUAAUAUUAAGCACAUUGCUUUGCUUUACAACCGGAAUAGCCUACCUGGCUGGCAUGAAAAUGAACUACGGGAAAAGCGUCCUCCAGUUGCUAUUGAAGUCGUCUUUUUUCCCCCUGCCCCUGUUCCAACAGGUGCAUGAAAUUGGCCCCUUCUAAAUCAAAAUUUAAUUUAACACAUAUAUGAUUUAGUAUACAGUGAGGGAAAAAAGUAUUUCAUCCCCUGCUGAUUUUGUACGUUUGCCCACUGAGAAAGAAAUGAUCAGUCUAUAAUUUUAAUGGUAGGUUUAUUUGAACAGUGAGAGACAGAAUAACAAACCAAAAAAUCCAGAAAAACGCAUGUCAAAAAUGUUAUGAAUUGAUUUGCAUUUUAAUGAGGGAAAUAAGUAUUCGAACCCUCUCAAUCAGAAAGAUUUCUGGCUCCCAGGUGUCUUUUAUACAGGUAAUGAGCUUAGUUGAGUCUCAGUUUGUUACCUGUAUAAAAGACACCUAUCCACAGAAGCAAUCAAUCAAUCAGAUUCCAAACUCUCCACCAUGGCCAAGACCAAAGAGCUUUCCAUGGAUGUCAGGGACAAGAUUGAAGACCUACACAAGGCUGGAAUGGGCUACAAGACCAUCGCCAAGCAGCUUGGUGAGAAGGUGACAACAGUUGGUGCGAUUAUUCGCAAAUGGAAGGAACACAAAAGAACUGUCAAUCUCCCUCGGCCUGUGGAUCCAUGCAAGAUCUCACCUCGUGGUUGCAAUGAUCAUGAGAACAGUGAGGAAUCAGCCCAGAACUACACGGGAGGAUCUUGUCAAUGAUCUCAAGGCAGCUGGGACCAUAGUCACCAAGAAAACAAUUGGUAACACACUACGCCGUGAAGGACUGAAAUCCUGCAGCGCCCGCAAGGUCCCCCUGCUCAAGAAAGCACAUAUACAUGCCCGUCUGAAGUUUGCCAAUGAACAUCUGAAUGAUUCAGAGGAGAACUAGGUGAAAGUGUUGUGGUCAGAUGAGACCAAAAUUGAGCUCUUUGGCAUCAACUCAACUCGCCGUGUUUGGAGGAGGAGGAAUGCUGCCUAUGACCCCAAGAACACCAUCCCCACCGUCAAACAUGGAGGUGGAAACAUUAUGCUUUGGGGGUGUUUUUCUGCUAAGGGGACAGGACAACUUCACCGCAUCAAAGGGACGAUGGACGGGGCCAUGUACCGUCAAAUCUUGGGUGAGAACCUCCUUCCCUCAGCCAGGGCAUUGAAACUGGGUCGUGGAUGGGUAUUCCAGCAUGACAAUGACCCAAAACACACGGCCAAGUCAACAAAGGAGUGGCUCAAGAAGAAGCACAUUAAGGUCGUGGAGUGGCCUAGCCAGUCUCCAGAUCUUAAUCCCAUAGAAAAUCUGUGGAGGGAGCUGAAGGUUCGAGUUGCCAAACGUCAGCCUCGAAACCUUAAUGACUUAGAGAAUAUCUGCAAAGAGGAGUGGGACAAAAUCCCUCCUGAGAUGUGUGCAGGCCUGGUGGCCAACUACAAGAAACGUCUGACCUCUGUGAUUGCCAACAAGGGUUUUGCCACCAAGUACUAAGUCAUGUUUUGCAGAGGGGUCAAAUACUUAUUUCCCUCAUUAAAAUGCAAAUCAAUUUAUAACAUUUUUGACAUUUUUGAUUCUGUCUCUCACUGUUCAAAUAAACCUACCAUUAAAAUUAUAGACUGAUCAUGUCUUUGUCAGUGGGCAAACGUACAAAAUCAGCAGGGGAUUAAAUACUUUUUUCCCUCACUGUAUGUAGAGACAUGAUUACAUUGAGAAUAGUCUGAUUGGUGAGAAUAUUAUCACUUGUGAAUGAUGCCCAACAUGUGCAGUCUAAGGCAAGAAACAGAGCGUGCAUUUUUUCCCCCAACUUUUUGAAAUCAAAGUCACAUGCAUCAUGUAGCCUAGCCCAUAGGCCUAUGUUUUUGUGUGUGUGUGUGUAUUUUACCCCCUUUUUCUCCCCAAUUACGAUCUUGUCUUAUCGCUGCAACUCCCACCAACAGGCUCGGGAGACGAAGGUCGAGUCGUCCUUCGAAACAUGACCCGCUAAACACCCUCCCUGCUUAACCCGGAAGCCAGCCGCACCAAUGUGUCGGAGGAAACACCGUUCAACUGACAACCGAGGUCAGCCUGCAGGCGCCUGGCCCGCCACAACGAGUCUCUAGAGCGCGAUGAGCCAAGGAGAGAGAGCGAGAGAGAGACGUGCCCUCCAUUUGUCUAGCUAACCAUCUAACCAUUUGCGGCGCCUGAAAAUUUAAGUGCUUGUGGCUCAUAAUCUAAUUUAACCACCCUCCCCACCCCCUCUCCACUCCCUGACCCCUCUCCCCACCCCCUCUCCCCACACCUUCUCCCCAGCCCUUCUCCACUCCCUGCCCCCUCUCCCCACACCUUCUCCCCAGCCCCUCUCCCCUCUCCACUCCCCCCCCCCCUUCCCCCCUUUCCCCCCCUGCCCCUCCCCUCUCCCCUCUCCACUCCCUGCCCCCCUCCCCUCUCCACUCCCUGUCCCCUCUCCCCCCACCUUUUCCCCACCCCCCCUCCCCCCUCCACCCCUGUCCCCCCUUCCCCCCCCCUUUUCCCCCCCCCCCUCCCCUCCCCCCCUGUCCCCCCUCCCCAACCCUCUCCCCACCCCCCUUCCCCCCUCCCUCCCGCCCCCUCCCCCUCUCCACUCCUGCCCCCUCUCCCCCCUUUCCCCCCUUUCCCCUCCCUGCCCCCUCUCCCUCUCCCCCCCCCCCCCCCCUUCCCCCCCUCUCCCCUCCACUCCCUGCCCCCUCCCCCCCUCCCCUCUCCAUCCUGCCCCCCCCCCCCUCCCCUCCCCCCUCCGCCCCCCUCUCCCCUUCCCCUCUCCACUCCCCGCCCCCUCCCCCUUCCCCUCUCCACUUCCUGCCCCCCUCCCCCUUCCACCCUGCCCCCCUCCCCUCUCCCCCUCCCCGCCCCCCUCCCCCCCCCCUCUCCACUCCUCCCCCUUGCCCCCUCUCCCCACACCUUCUCCCCACCCCCUCUCCACUCCCUGCCCCCUCUCCCCAACCCUUCCCCCCCCCUCUCCCUCCCCUCCCCUCCCCACACCUCUCCCCACCCCCUCUCCCUCCCUCCCCCUCUCCCCUCCCCCACUCCCUGCCCCCGUCUCCCCCCCCCUCUCCCCACCCCCUCCCCUCCCUCCCCCUCUCCCCACCCCUCUCCCCACCCCGUCUCACUCCCCCCCCUCUCCCCUCCUGCCCCCCUCUCCCCCCGCCUUCUCCCCCACCCCUCUCCCUCCCUGCCCCCUCUCCCUCUCCCACUCACCUCCUCCCCUCUCCCCACCCCCUCUUCCCCACCCCCCUCUCCACUCCCUUCCCCCUCUCCCACACUCCUUCUUCCCCCCCCCCUCCCCUCCCUUUCCCCCUCUCCCCCUCUCCACUCAUCCCUCCCCCCCUCUCCCCCCCCACCCUCGUCCCACCCCCCACCUCUUCCCUCCCUUCCCCCUCUCCCCCACCUUCCCCUCUCCCCACCCCCUCUCCCCUCUCCCUCCCUUUCCCCCUCCCCUCUCCCUCCCUCCCAUCCUCCCCUCCCCCUCUCCCCUCUCCACUCCCUGUCCCCUCUCCCCAUCCCCGUCCCUCUCCCCCUGUACAUUUUUUAAUUUUAGUCAUUUAGCAGACGCUCUUAUCCAGAGCGACUUACAGUUAGUGAGUGCAUACAGUUUCAUACUGUACAGUACAGAGAGUGCUGUGAUUGGUUUAGGGAAAGAAGAAGAGUGGCAGGGUAAUAUAAAAAAUCCACACAUUAUUGUGAUUCGCUGCUUCCCUCCUUCCUCCACAUUUCUAAAGCACUAGCUGUGACUGUGAGUUCUGAGCAACAACACAAAGUCUUAAGUGCUCUCCCGGCAGCUCUGUGUCGCUAUAAGAAGCUCGGUGUGACACUGGGUACAAUUCAGUUAGGUUUAGGAAUACAGUACAUCACACAAAGGCAUUGGGCUGUUAUGGAGAUGAACCAUGACAAGGUGGCGAUGCGGUGGUGAUCUGGAUGUGUUCCUGAUGUACAGCGGUUAAACCGUGUUUUAAUCAUUCACACUUGUGUUCAACAAGAUCUGUGCCUUGCAAAAGUAUUCAUCCCCCUUGGCGUUUUUCCUAUUUUGUUGCAUUACAACCUGUAAUUUAAAUUUAUUUUUUAUUUUUAUUUCAUGUAAAUGGACAUACACAAAAUAGACCAAAUUGGUGAAGUGAAAUGAACAAAAUAAAUAACAGAAAACUGGUGCGUGCAUAUGUAUUCACCCCCUUUGCUAUGAAGCCCCUAAAUAAGAUCUGGUGCAACCAAUUACCUUCAGAAGUCACAUAAUUAGUUAAAUAAAGUCCACCUGUGUGCAAUCUAAGUGUCACAUGAUCUGUCACAUGAUCUCAGUAAAUGUACACCUGGGGGGGGGGGGGGGGGGUGAAUAGUUAUGCUCGCUCAAGUUUUCUGUUUUCUUGUUUUAUUUGUUGUUUGUUUCACCCCAAAAAAUGUUUGGCAUCUUCAAAGUGGUAGGCAUGUUGUGUAAAUCAAAUGAUACAAACCCCCCAAAAAUCCAUUUAAAUUCCAGGUUGUAAGGCAACAAAAUAGGAAAAAUGCCAAGGGGGGUGAAUACUUUCGCAAGCCACUGUAUGUAUACUGUAGGAACCACACAUGCGGAGAUCCAUUCACCUACUCUGCGUCUCACAAAGACACAGCGGUUGGAACCAAAAAUCUCAAAUAUGGACUCAUCAGACCAAAGGACAGAUUUUCACCAGUCUAAUGUCAGUUUCUCGUGUUUCUUGGUUCAAGCAAGUCUCUUCUUCUUAUUGGUGUCCUUUAGUAGUGGUUUCUUUGCAGUAAUUCGACCAUGAAGGCCGAUUCACACAUUCUCCUCUGAACAGUUGAUGUUGAGAUGCGUCUGUUACUUGAACUCUGUGAAGCAUUUAUUUGGGCUGCAAUUUCUGAGGCUGGUAACUCUAAUGAACUUAUCCUCUGCAGCAGAGGUAACUCUGGGUCUUCCAUUCCUGUGGUGGUCCUCAUGAGAGCCAGUUUCAUCAUAGAGCUUGAUGGUUUUUGCGACUGCACUUGAAGAAACUUUCAAAGUUCUUGACAUUUUCCGGAUUGACUGACCUUCAUCUGUUAAAUUAAUGAUGGACUGUCGUUUCUCUUUGCUUAUUUGAGCUGUUCUUGCCAUAAUAUGGACUUGGUCUUUUACCAAAUUGGCACACCUGUUAAUUGAAAUGCAUUCCAGGUGACUACCUCAUGAAUCUGUUUGAGAGAAUGCCAAGUGUGUGCAAACCUGUCAUCAAGGCAAAGGGUGGCUACUUUGAAGAAUCUCAAAUAUAACAUAUAUUUUGAUUUGUUUAACACUUUUAUUGUUACAACAUGAUUCCUUAUGUGUUAUUUCAUAGUUUUGAUGUCUUCGCUAUUAUUCUACAAUGUAGAAAAUAGUACAAAUAAAGUAAAGUCCUGGAAUGAGCAGGUGUGUCCAAACCUUUUGACUGGUACUGUAUAACCAUACGCUUAUUGCGUGAGGAGACUUUUGUUGUUCUUUGUUCUUUAAUCUAAAGUUAACUAGACACAGCAAAACGUUUUGCAGAUCAAUAACAUAAUAGUCACUAACAACAGUCGUAUGUUUGUAUCCACUAAUUGCUUAGUCAUUCAUUAUUAUGGUUUUAAAUGGAAAACCUACCUGGUGGGGGGUGCUAUUAUUAAGGAAGGUUCAUUAGUAACUGUGUGUGUGUGUGUGUGUGUGUAACCUGAACAGGUGUUGGGAGUCGAUAGUGGCAGAGAGAAAGAGGUGACACCUUUGAAGCGUGACACAAUCUUGGGCCACAGUUACGUCAUUUAGCAGACGCUCUUAUCCAGAGCAACUUACAGUUCAAUGAGUGCAUAUAUUUUCAUACUGGCCCCCCCCCGUGGGAAUCGACCCCACAACCCUGGCGUUGCAAGCGCCAUGCUCUACCAACUGAGCUACACAGGACUAUACCUUGAAUAGCUUGCGGGAAUGGCAUCCACAAUUGCAGUGAUGUGUGUGUGUGUGUAUGCAUACGUGUGUGUGUGUGUGUGUGUGUGUGUGUGUGUGUAUGCAUACAUGUGUGUGUGUGUGUGUAUGCAUACGUGUGUGUGUGUGUGUGUGUGCUCAGGGCCGACACUUCAGAAAUGAUACCUGAUGGUUUUGUAUGUAGCUUUAUAAUACCAGGCUGAACGUACAUGUUUUCUGAGUGCUGCUAAGAGCACUUGACAUGAAUUACUGCACUAGAAUGUGCUCUUAGUUUCACCAAAGUGGACUCUUUCGCUGCAAUUCAUUUAAUUGUACUGCAUGGCAGAGUGAUCGUUGGAGAAUGCUGACUAAUGAUGAGCAAUUCACCUUGCUGAGACCUUUUCUUACUCCCUCUACUUGACUUCAACUGAACAUCACAGCUGUUGUUUUUGUUUAACGAGAUCGGAUCUUAUUUGUGUACUAUUUUUAAAAACAACAGGGAAUGUAGAGAUGAAGAUAGAUCGAUUGUAGUGGGGCUCAGACAAGAAUGGCUCAAACUCUGAGUCAGCUCAAACUCCCAUUGCCAGGGGGAUAUGUAGUCCUGAGUUGGCUCAAACCCCCAUUGCCAGGGGGAUAUGUAGUCCUGAGUUGGCUCAAACCCCCAUUGCCAGGGGGAUAUGUAGUCCUGAGUCAGCUCAAACCCCCAUUGCCAGGGGGAUAUGUAGUCCUGAGUUGGCUCAAACCCCCAUUGCCAGGGGGAUAUGUAGUCCUGAGUUGGCUCAAACCCCCAUUGCCAGGGGGAUAUGUAGUCCUGAGUCAGCUCAAACCCCCAUUGCCAGGGGGAUAUGUAGUCCUGAGUUGGCUCAAACCCCCAUUGCCAGGGGGAUAUGUAGUCCUGAGUCAGCUCAAACCCCCAUUGCCAGGGGGAUAUGUAGUCCUGAGUUGGCUCAAACCCCCAUUGCCAGGGGGAUAUGUAGUCCUGAGUUUGCUCAAACCCCCAUUGCCAAGGAAAUAUGUAGUCCUGAGUUGGCUCAAACCCCCAUUGCCAGGGGGAUAUGUAGUCCUGAGUUGGCUCAAACCCCCAUUGCCAGGGGGAUAUGUAGUCCUGAGUCAGCUCAAACCCCCAUUGCCAGGGGGAUAUGUAGUCCUGAGUUGGCUAUGCUUUCACUAGACCAGACUCCGUCACAAGAAAGUCACGACUUUAAACUGA